AUGUAUCUACGCAGGGUGGUCUCCAAGACCCUGGCGCUGCCUCUGCGGGCGCCCCCCGGCUCCACGCCCUUCCGGAAGGACGCAUCUCUUCACCGGCUGUCAUCUAACAAACUUCCUGGAUCAUCUGGCUCAAAUCUGAUGUAUUAUCUGGUUGUAGGUGUCACAGUCAGUGCUGGUGGAUAUUAUACUUACAAGGCAGUCAGAUCAGAGCAAGCCAGACACACGGAACAUAUGACAAAUUUGAAAGAAAACAACAAAGCAGAGUUAUAUUCACUUCAAGGUGAAGAAGAGAAUGUAGUGGAAGCAGAGAGAGCCAGCGCGGAAGCCCCUGAGGUGUCUGUAGUGGAAGCCGAGGUGGUUGGUACUGAAGAAGUUCCCAGUGCUGCGGCCGCAGUCACAGAAGAGGGUUCAGCCUGUCCGGAAGGUGUGGUCGCUGCUCGGGUGGGGAAGGCAGCAGUUGGUGCUGAAACUGGGCUAGAAGGUGCAGAUGCACCCCCAGGUGAAACCACAGAAGUCGGUACAGAAACGACCCGAGGGCUUACGGAGGCAGCUCCGCGUGAGGCUGCUGCCCACAGUCAUGACGAAGAUGUAACGGCGAAGGAAAGCUCUGGCGGACACGCCGAACGAGAAGAAGGGACUUCCGCAGCCGAAUCAGAACCCCCUGCUGGGGGUGUUUCACAGCAAGAAGCCAGUGCUGGUUCCGAGGCCGUCGAAGCUCAGGGCUGAUCUCACGCUGUAGACGUUUCAGCAGACGUGCCACAGAGUGUCGGAGAGGUGCUUUCGUAUUUUUGGAAAUCUUAGUUUUUAACGGGGCUUCUUUUCUUGAAAACCUUAACAUACCUUCAAGAUUUUUGGUAUCUACUGAUAGAUUUUAGGAUUGAGAGAUUUGAGAUUUUACAUGUUUUAAGAGUUUUAUACUCUCCGAAAUAAGAAUAUAAAAUUACAGUAAUGAGCUUAAAUGGUUUCACUUUUUAAUUUAAAUCUUGUAGGAACUGAACUAUCCACGUAACUCCUAUUCACUUUACUUUUGCUAUAUCUUUACCUUUAUUAUGUAGAUCUGGAUUAUUGGAUUUUGAUUCGAACUCAUUUAAAUAAAAUUGAAAAAUCUUCAGUGCUUCUACUUUUAUUCACUAA